CGCCGAGUCGGCGCUAAGAUGGCGGCGCUGACGGAGGGAGAGUGCCCGCGCCAGGAGCCGCGGGAGCCGGAGAAGAGCCGCCGCGGCUGAGCCCCCGAGCCGCCCCCAGGCAGGCUCCCGGUCGCCGGACCCGGGACAUGGUGCGGUCCGCGCCGUGCCGCCGCCGCCGCCGCUACCGCUGAGCUCGCGGGCCGCGCCGGGCUCGGACGUGGGAGCGGGAAGAUGUUUUCCGCGCUCAAGAAGCUUGUGGGGUCGGAGCAGGCUCCGGGCCGCGACAAGAACAUCCCCGCAGGGCUGCAGUCUAUGAACCAGGCGCUGCAGAGGCGCUUCGCCAAGGGGGUGCAGUACAACAUGAAGAUUGUGAUCCGAGGAGACAGGAACACGGGCAAGACUGCGCUGUGGCACCGGCUGCAGGGCAAGAAGUUCGUGGAGGAGUACAUCCCCACGCAGGAGAUCCAGGUCACCAGCAUCCACUGGAACUACAAAACCACCGACGACAUCGUGAAAGUUGAAGUCUGGGAUGUCGUUGACAAAGGAAAAUGCAAAAAGCGAGGCGACGGCUUGAAGAUGGAGAAUGACCCCCAGGAGGCAGAGUCCGAGAUGGCCCUGGACGCCGAGUUCCUGGACGUGUACAAGAACUGCAGCGGGGUGGUCAUGAUGUUCGACAUCACCAAGCAGUGGACCUUCAACUACAUCCUCCGGGAGCUUCCUAAAGUGCCGACGCACGUGCCGGUGUGCGUGCUGGGCAACUACCGCGACAUGGGCGAGCACCGGGUCAUCCUGCCCAACGAUGUGCGUGACCUCAUCGACCACCUGGACAGGCCUCCGGGUUCCUCUUACUUCCGCUACGCCGAGUCGUCCAUGAAGAACAGUUUCGGCCUCAAGUACCUGCACAGGUUCUUCAACAUCCCGUUCCUGCAGCUUCAGCGGGAGACGCUGCUGCGGCAGCUGGAGACAAACCAGCUGGACAUCGACGCCACGCUGGAGGAGCUGUCGGUGCAGCAGGAGACGGAGGACCAGAACUACGACAUCUUCCUUGAGAUGAUGGAGGCACGCAGCCGUGGCCAUGUGUCCCCGCUAGCCACCAACGGGCAGAGCCCGUCCUCGGGCUCCCAGUCCCCUGUGGUGCCUCCAAGCGCAGUGUCCACGGGGAGCUCCAGUCCCAGCACGCCCCAGCCGGCACCACAGCCGCCCAUCCACGCCCCCUCGGCCUGCCCGUCACCCCCUUCCCCCUCGGAGGCCCCACUGCCCCCCGCACACCCCGUGGCCCCCGCCCCACCUCCACGGCGCAGCAUUAUCUCGCGGCUGUUUGGGACCACGCCAGCCGCCGAGGCAGCCCCUCUGCCCCCAGAGCCAGUCCCAGCUGCGGAGGCCCCAGCAAGAGUCCAGAACGUGGAGGAUUUUAUUCCUGAAGAUGGCCUUGACCGCAGCUUCCUGGAGGACACAGGCCCCCCGAAGGACGAGAAGAAAGCGGGAGCCAAGGCCCCACCAGACAGUGACAGCGAUGAGGAGGCCCCAGGCGGAAACCCCAUGGUAGCAGGUUUCCAGGAUGACGUGGACCUUGAAGACCAGCCCCCAGGCAGGCUCCAGCCGCCCAUGGGCUCCCUCCCUAGGGAACACAUUGCUCUGUCCAGUGAGGAGGAAGCAGAGGAGGAGGCAGGGCACCCCAAGGCCACUGUGCUGGCCCCCAAGAAGUGCUCUGAGCCAGAGACCAAGCCGUCCUCCACCAAGGCUUCGAGGCCACACAGGGGCACAGCUCCCGGGGCUGCAGAGCCCCGCUGGCCAGGUGGCACCGAAGCCCCCACCGAGGGUACCUCCCAAGGGCGCGAGGAGGGGAAGGACCAGCAGGUGGCAUCGUCAGAGAGUGACCCUGAAGGGCCCAUCGCCGCCCAGAUGCUGUCCUUCGUCAUGGAUGACCCUGACUUUGAGAGCGACUCAGAUGCCCAGCGGAGAGUGAUAAGGAGGGCAAGCCUCCCUCGAAGGAGAAGAAGAAAAAGAAGAAGAAGAGCAGAGAGCAGGCGGAAGAAGAGGCCGCCAAGAAGAAGAGCAAGCACAAGAGGAGCAAGGACAAGACGGACGGCGGGGAGGAGCGGCGGCGGCGGCGGCGGCGGCCGCGGGGCCCGGAGAGGACGGCGGUGGGCGAGCUGGAGGCCUGCCUGGGGGGCGGAGCCCCGGGCAGCCCCCUGCGCGGGGGCGGCGACUACGAGGAGCUCUAGGCCUGGCCGCCCGGGGCGACACGCCCACUCCGUGUGUGCUGGGGGCGCUGGGCCUGCCUGCUCUGCGGGCAGCUGGCCCCCAGCGCUUCUCAGGGACGGGACUGAGGCCUGCGAGGCCUGCGAGGCUGUUUACAGGGGUGGGGCGCUGUCCUCGUCGCCCGCCCACCCCUGCUUGCCGCCGCCGGCCGCACACGCUCACCCAGGCCUGCUGCAUGCGGGUGGCCUCCGCUUGCUGCUGUGGCUCGGCCAGGGCUGCAGACCAGCAGCACCCCCGGACCCUCAGGGCACCUGCGUGCAGACACUGAGCAGCGCUGGCGCCUGUCCUGGGGGAGGGUCUUCCCGGAACCGGUGUCCAGCUUUGCACCUGCCCCUGAGCUUGGGCACAUGCACAGGCCGAGCUGGGAGCCCCUCCACACUCGUUUCCUUCCAUUCUCCUUCAACACUUGGACCAUAAAGCUCUCCUGUUUCA